UCUGAAGAAAUCACCCUGCACGGACCAGAGACAGGGAGUCAUAUUAUUGGCACUGAGCCGGACCGAUUGGAAGAGCUUUUCCACUGUUCAGAGGCUGACAAGACCCACAAAAAGUUUUCGUUCAAGGGCAGAGAUCUCUGGAGCCCUUCUGCCUGCCUGCCAGCCAGCCAGCCAGAGCCACCAUGGAGCAGAUCAGCAACUUUUUCCACUCCAUCUGGAUUUUCAUACACACCAAACACCAGGAAGGCAUCUAUAACACAAUCUGCCUGGCUGUAUUGCUGGGGCUGCCAGCUCUCGUCGUCCUGGUGGGCAUUUUCAUCUGUUGUCACUGCUGUUUCUGUGACCGCCGGCAAAAGGACAGUGGGCGCUACAGCAGCAGAAGCCCUUCCCAAGGGAAGAAAAGAAAUAAGAUGAUAAGGAAGAAGAAGAAGGAAGAGGAUCUGUGGAUCUCAGCGCAGCCCAAACUGCUCCUGCUGGAAAAAAGGCCCUCGCUGCUGGCCUAAGGAAAGAAUGGCAGGAUACCAGUAACGUUUGCUGCCACCUGCAGGGCUCUUUGUAGCACUUCAAUCCAUGCACCUUAAAGCGAGUAAGGACCAUACCGGUUCUCUCCUCUUUCAGAGGGACAUGCAGCUUCUUUCAAAAAGCUUAUGCAAUGAAGGGAUGCCACUGGAUAUUCUGGGGAGUUCCUAUAAGAGCAAGUAUUUGCAAUGCAAUUGCGCCUGAGCAGAAUAAACUAACAUCCAUGCCAGUAUACAUACAAGAGCAUGUUUAUGUAGACUCACCAGGACACUUCACAGCUAUGAACAAAUCAUAGAUAUCUCUGGCCUUGGGCUGAAGGAUGCGUCCGAGACUGUUUGCUCUAACAAAUCUUACACUGACACCCGUUUGUGCAGUAGCAAGCAAUACUGCUGUACGCAUGCACACAUACUGUAUUGUCAUGCCUAUCAUCGUACAAAAUCAGAUUGCACACAGAGGGAAAGAAGGCUCCUUCAGGCGGCUUAGGUGAUUCUAAAAGGGGAUUAGGGAAAUUCGUGGAGGCUCAAUAACUAAAUAGAACCUUCAGGUUCAAAGGCAGUAUACCUCUGAAUAUUAGAGGUUGAAGAACAUACCUGGGGGGGAAAACAGUCGCCUCUUUGCUCUGUUUGUAGGUUUCCUACAAGUAUCUAGCUGGAUCCUUUAUUCGCAGGCAGUGAAGCCAGAUGUGACAAAUCUACCACAAGAUCUUUCAGUAGGGUCUUUGAAUAGAACCACAGCAUGUGCCUCAGAAUUAAGUGUAACAAGAACCCUAGUUUUUAUCUUAACAAGUGCCAAACUGACGCAACAGGCCAAGGUGUCCCUGACUAAUGUCUAGUCAAAUUUGUCCGGAGGACGAGACAAAAGCAGAACUAGUACUGAAUUCCUAGUAUCAGCUAGAGAAUCUACCCAUUAGAAUAAUUGCUGAAUAGUAAAAAACCACUUAUGUAAGACUCACAGAGAUUAGCAAUAAGAUCAUGGCCAGUAUUUCUAAGGUUGACAUUUCAGUGUCUUUGUAAGCUCUUUGCCUCUGUCCAGAAAGAUCAAAAGCAAAAUAAAUUAGGCAAAA